GUUUCCCCGCCGCAACCAACACCGACUUGCCAGCCAUGUGUGUUGGUGCUACAGUGAUCCCAGAAACGACCGUCCUCAGCCAGAAUGGCACACUGGAUUUGCAGGCUGUCGAUGAGAUUCUGGCACAAGCCAUUCGGUCGGGGCAGGAAGCCUCCAACAGGGCCAUGAAGCGCCGAGUUCGACAGCGGCUCCAUAAGAAGCUGGGCACCCUGCUCUCCAAGGAAGACUUUGAGGCCGCCAUGGAACGUUUCAAGAUCAUGGAGGAACACGGGAUCGAUGCAGUACCAAAGCCGUAUUUGAACAUCCGACCCAUGGCACCGAUGUGCCCAGCUGGCUUUGCGGUAUUGGUCCCGAUGGGCAACUUUCAACCGAUUCAACCAGUUCCUGUGGUGCUGAAUUUCCCCAACAAACGCCCCGGCAGCCCAGGUGUCGCCAGCGACACCACGGGAUUGGAGGAUUUGGAGGAUGACCUUAGUGAGCUCGAAAGCAUUACCCACGACUGGGAACGCGCUAUCAGUGAGGACCUCCCACCAGUGGAGCGAACGUUCAUUCACUUUGACACCAGGGUCCACCUCCACCGCCGUCGCUCGCGAUCUGUCUAGGCGCGUUCUGCUGACAUCUGCUGACCGCCGCGCUUUAAGUUGAGAUGGUUUCAUGAUUUGAAGAAGCGACUGGGGACUCUUUUGGAC